GACUUAGCUCUCAGUGUGGCAGGGUCAUGAAGAAGAGGCGGCGGCGGGAGGAAGGCGGCGGCGGCGGGGGUGCGAAGCUGCGGUAGCUGCCCGCGGGGCUGGUGGCGUGGCCGCGUGGAGAGGGCGUAGCUCUUAAUCCCUUCCCCGGGCAGCGGCCGGGGCUCGGGGCUGAGAGCGGCCGCGGGGCCGCCUCCCCGGGCCCCCUGGCUCCGCCAUGUUCCGCAGGGCACGCCUUAGCGUGAAGCCGAAUGUCAGGCCUGCCGCAGGCGCCCGGGCUUCCACCGCCCCCACCGCGCACCGCAGGCCGGAGGCGCCCGGGCCCCAGGCCCCGGCGGCGGCCCCUUCCCCGAAGCCCGCGGAGUCCACGGAUGUGCCGGCGGCCGCCUGCGGGGGGAGCGAGCCCCGGGCGGAGGCCCCCCGGAGCAGUGAUGAAAAGACUGACAGUGAGAAUUAUGUUGAAGAAUCCAGUAAAUCUUCCUCUACUGUUUCACAGAGAAGAAAGCGAAUAUCAAGUCCUCCUACUCUGGUUAAGCCUGGUGUCAGUGUUCCUUCAGAAUCUCAUCCCUUAUCUACAGUUAAUCAAGAAGUUCCACAGCCAAAUCCUGUUUUAACAAAAGAGAAACAGCCAUGUUCAGACAGAUACCGAAUUUAUAAAGCUCAGAAACUAAGAGAAAUGUUAAAAGAAGAAUUGAGAAAAGAGAAGAAGCAAUGGAAAAACAAAUAUGCCAUAAAUGAAAGUCAGAAGCCACCAGAUCGUUCAAAAAUGACUAUGAGAGAUUUCAUAUAUUACCUGCCAGAUAACAACCCAAUGACUUCCUCACUGGAGCAAGAAAAGAAAACUGAAAAAUCAUUGACACCAGUCCAGACAAGAGAACAAGAAGGUAAGAGUACUCCUGAUACUGCAGAUAAUGAAGUACCAGAAGAUGAUGUGGAUGAUGGACCAUUGCUGGUUCCUCGAGUAAAAGUGGCAGAAGAUGGAUCCAUUAUUUUGGAUGAAGAAAGUUUAACUGUAGAAGUUUUAAGGACAAAAGGACCCUGUGUUGUUGAGGAAAAUGACCCUAUAUUUGAGCGUGGUUCUACAACUACAUAUUCCAGCUUUAGGAAAAACUAUUAUUCUAAACCAUGGUCAAAUAAAGAAACAGAUAUGUUUUUUUUAGCCAUCAGCAUGGUAGGAACUGACUUUUCUAUGAUCGGACAGCUUUUUCCUCACAGAGCAAGGAUAGAAAUUAAGAAUAAAUUUAAACGUGAAGAGAAAACAAAUGGAUGGAGAAUAGACAAAGCCUUUCAGGAAAAGCGCCCUUUUGACUUCGAUUUUUUUGCUCAUUUGCUUCAGAAAGUUCUUGCUGAAGAAGAGAAAAGAAAACAAAAAUCUGUUAAAAAUCAGAGCGUAAAGGAGAAGAAAUCCUCUAAACCACGGAAAAAUGUAAAAGCGAAAAAAGUUGCCAGCGAAGGACGAAAUGAUGAUCCAGAUGUAUCUCUGAGCACCAAAAUUUCAGACCCAGAACCAUCUCAAAAGGAUGCUCAGAUAGUUGAAGGACAACAAGAGUCUCAGACUUUAACAGGACAGGAUUCAGAACAGAUUGCAUUAGAACCAGACCUAAAUCAAAAGAAAAGAAGAAGAAAGAAUCAGGAUGAAGUUGGCAAACAAGUAAAAAAUCUUCCAGAAAGUCCCACUGUUCAAUCAGGUCAUUCUACAGGAGAAAAAUGCAAAAAUAAAGGUCAGUCUUUAAGGCCUGAGAUAAAUGAAGAUGAAGGCAAUAAGGAACAGAAACUUCCUUGCAUACAAAACAUUGAUGACAUUGUGGAUUUAUCCUCCAUUGAAAAGGCUGAGAACAGAACUGACCCUAUGCUUUUAUCAAGUGGUCAACAAGAUGCUGUGUCAUCAGCAACUGAAGCUUCAGAAUCAAGCCCUUCAGAUUUGCCUUCAUCAGAAGCUGUAAUUAGUGCACUGUGUGAAGUGGAUAAUGCUGAAAGUAAUUGUACAGAAGAAAGCAGUGUUGACCUAAAAAAUAAAUCACUGGAAACUGAUCAGUCCAGAAAUGUUAAACUGGUAGGAAGAAGACAACUACAGAGACCUAAACCCAAUUUAUCAAGGGCAGUUGGGAAGAAAACUGUUCUUUCACAAGAUAAAACAGAUGCAGAGACCAAGACGUUACAUGCAGAAACAUCAAAUGAAAAGAAUCACAUGGAAAAGGAUAAAGUCAAUACAUUGGACAUUUCUGGAAUGGAUAAAACAGAGAGAGAGAACCCAGAAGCUGAGACUGUUUCUAAUUCUAGCUUGAAUGAAAAACUUUGUGUGCAGGAAGAUGAUCAAACAAAGGCUCUCAGACCAGCACGACUGAGGGGCCGAUUGCAAAGGCCAAAGCCAAAUGUACGUAAAGCUGCUGAAAGAAAAGAAAUUCUUGCAUCACAGGAAAAAAUUGAGGCCAACGUAAAAAAGAAUGAAAGUGAAUCCUGUAUUGCUAGAGAGAGUCCUGAACAAAUAGAAGAUAAGUCAAGUAAAGAUUUUGACUUUGAAGACAUCAUAUCACAAUCUGAGAAAGAAGAUGAUUUUUUUCAGAUGAAUGUUAAUGAAUGUCUAAGUAUUCAAGAGGAUAAUAAAGUCCCAGUUCUAAAGACUCGAUUUCAGAAACCAAAACCAAAUAUAGGAAGAGGAGCUAGAAGAAGAGAAGUUUUCUCAAAGGAGGAGGUGUCAGAGGAGAUUGUUGCAUCUGAGCAGUUCACGGCACCUUUGAGGGAAACUGUGAGAGUGGAAGAAACCUUACCAAAGGAGAGAGUAUCCGUAGAGGCUAGUACUACUAAUACUACUAAGGAAAUGGAGUCAUAUUUAAAAAAAACUGGAAGAGACAACUCUCCCAGAGAGAAGAUACCAGAAAUAAUGGAUAAUAGUGUGGAAAUGGAGACAGAUUUGAAAGAAACUGGAAGGGAAGUUUCCCCAGGGGACAGUGUAUCAGAGGUGUCUGAUGUCACUGAGGAAAGAGUGAUAAAUUUGAAAGAAACUGAAAGAGCGGUUUCACCAAGAGAUACUACAUUGGAGGUAUCUGAGCUCACUGAGGAAAGAGUGAUAAAUUUGGAGGAAACUGGAAGAGAGGUUUCCCCAAGGGAUAUUACAUCGGAGGUAUCUGAGCUUACUGAGGAAAGAGUGAUAAAUUUGGAAGAAACUGGAAGAGAGGGUUCCCCAAGGGAUACUAUAUUGGAGGUAUCUGAGCUCACUGAGGAAAGAGUGAUAGAUUUGGAAGAAACUGGAAGAGCGGUUUCUCCAAGGGAUAGUAUAUCGGAGGUAUCUGAGCUCACUGAAGAAAGAGUGAUAAAUUUGGAAGAAACUGGAAAAGACGUUUCUCCAAGGGAUACUAUAUUGGAGGUAUCUGAGCUCACUGAGGAAAGAGUGAUAAAUUUGGAAGAAACUGGAAAAGAGGUUUCUCCAAGGAAUACUAUAUUGGAGGUAUCUGAGCUCAUGGAGGAAAGAGUGAUAAAUUUGGAAGAAACUGGAAGAGAGGCUUCCCCAAAGGAUACUAUAUCGGAGGUAUCUGAGCUCACUGAGGAAAGAGUGAUAAAUUUGGAAGAAACUGGAAGAAGAGAAAUAUCCUUACAGGAAAAUGCACCAGAGGUCAGCACUACAGAUGAAGUAGAAACAGGUUUAGAAGAAACUAGAAGCGAGAUUUCUAUAAGGGAGAAUGUUCCAGAGAUGGUUGAUGCCACUGAGGAGAGAGAAAUACAUUUGGAAGAAACUGAAAAAGGAGAAAUAGACAUAGAAGGAGAAGUCAAGACUCAAGGUGAAAUGGAGACAGACUGGAAAGAAAUUGGAAAAGAAACUUCCCCAAGGGAAAAGGUACCAAUGGAUAUCAGUGCCAUAAGGGAAAAGGAGAUUGAUUUGAAAGAAACUGAAGAAAGAAACCUUUCUCUGAUGGAAAAGGAAUCAGGAAAGAUAACUGCUAUUGAAGAAACAGAAGCAGAUUUGAAAGAAACUGGAGGAGACAUUUCCUUGAGGGAAAGCAGAUCAGAAGAGAUUAGUCCUCCUGAAGAAAUGGCUGCAGAUUUGGAAAAAACUGGAAAAAUAGACAUUUCUUUAAGGAAAAAUGGAGCAGAGGAGACUAAGACCUCAAGACAAACUGAGACUGGUUUAAUACAAAGCAAUAGUAGUUGCUGUAGCACUGUGCCUUCACUAAAUAUCAAAAACAUUAGCAGUGAAGUACUGUCCAUGGUGCAUACACCUGAAGAAGAAACAAAUUCUGAAAAGGAACUAUCAGAUCACUUGAGCCGUUUGAAAACUUUGCAGAUUUCUGAACCUGAUAAAACAGAAGACCAGGGGAUACUAUCUUCAGAUGUUCCAGAGCAGUUUUCAGAUACUAAUUUAAGCAAAUCUCUUCAUCAAGAGCAGAAGCCACUUGAAGUUAGACCAGCACCUUUUGUGAGAAGUCGAUUCAAAAGACCAAAACCAAACUUAGCAAGAGCAACUUUAAAGAGAGAGACUACAGAAGCAGAAAAACAUGUACGUGGGAAGAAAUUGGAAACUGAUAAAACUGAGAUAGUUGUGGUACCACAGAGCAGUGAAGAGAUGAAUACUUCCCCUUCUCAACAUGGUGUGGCUUCCCUAACGACAUCAAGAGAAAAAGACAAAUCAGGUUACAGGCAGGAGGAGGCUGUGAUAUUACCAUGUAUACAGACUGAAAAGGACCUUUCACCUGCGAGUUCUUGUGAUCCUGAAGAGAAGGCUCAGCCUACAAAGGCCCAGGAAAAGGAAUUAGUUGUUUCUAUGAGGGCUCAAAAUACAAAUACUUUCCAGCAAGAAGUGAAGGAAAGCAUUAUCCCACCUGCUCGAAUAGUAAGGAGCCGACUUCAGAGACCCAGACCAAACAUAAGAAAGACUGGACAGAGGCAGAUAGGAAAAAGUGAAGCUGAAGGCAUCCUUAAGGAAGAAAGAACAAUUGUACAAAAAGAUGAAACUAAAAAACUCUUGACUGUGCCAAAUUCUCCAGUUGGAACUGAAAUCGAAGUUGUAUCCUCUAAAGUUUCAGAAGAUAGAAUUUAUGAAAACCAGAGUCACAUGGUUCCUGUAGAACCUCUUCAUCUUAACAAAGUAAAUGUUUUAGAUGAAAAGAUGAGAGAUGAACCUAAAAGUUCGGUUCCUAGUCCAGCACAUUUGGUAAGAAGGCAAUUCCAAAAGGUUAAGCCAAAUUUGGGAAGAGCACAUGGUAAGAAAGAGGAACCAGACAUUGGAAGAGACAGAGCAGAUCAGAGUGAGGCAAGGAAGCCAGAAAAUAUUUUGCUGCAGCCAAGGGAUUCUGACACCCAUCUUCAAAAAGAAAAGGCUGGUUUUCUGAUAUCUUCGGAAGUUUCAGCAAGAAAAGAUUGUAUAGAUUCCAAAGAGGCUAGUUUGGCAAAAAAAAAUGCUCAUUCAGAAGCUGGACCAUCAGGAAGUGUUGGAGAAAAAACUGGAAGAGAUAAUUCUGUGUCUUUAGUUGUUGAGGAGCAAUGUGUCAGUAAACUAUCAAGCUCUCCACAGCUGUUAAAAGAAUCAAAUUACUCUAAAAUUGGUCUGGAACGAAGAACAACUAUCUCCUCUGCUUCAGAGUGUGAGGUAGAUCAUAGUGGAAGGAGAAUGCAUCGCAAGAUGAAACCAAGUGUCACCAGAGGGCGUGGAUCUAAACGAGUUCGAAGUAAGACCUCUAAGAAGGAACCUCGUGCUUCUAAGGCCACGCUGGUGACUCUUCGGGCUUCACAGGAAGAAGAUGAAGAUGAUGCUGAAGAUUUUGAGCCUGAUUAUGAAGACGAAAGUUACCAUCUUGCCCCAGAAGAAGUAAACAAAGCUCCAGUGUUUGUUCCCAUUGGUCUCAGAUCUCCAGAACCUGUUUCUGCUCAAAUAGAGGAAACAAUGGAAGAGCUUGAAAUAACCGUGAACGCACCAGAUAUAGGAUGCAUAGCUGUUGUUGAACAUCCACUCUCAAACACAGAUGUGACUACUCAGGAAAUGAAAGAAGAAGAAAGUUUAAAGGCAUUAUCUGUUGAAGUGAACACAGGUGAACAUAUCCAAGAUGAAACAGGUACCAAUGAUGGAAGCACUGAAGCUGCUAUAACUUUACUUACAAUGGGAGAUCUAGUGUUGCAGUCAGAGAUCGGUACAGAGCAGAGUGAUGGAGUAUGCGUACUUCUUGAUGUUCAUUCAAAGGAUAAAAGCUGUGUUCCUUUUAGCCCACAUAAUGUAAAUCACAAAAUUAUUCCUGAAUGUCAGGAACUUUCUUCAGCUGUCAGUACUACAUCUCCAUCAUCAUUAGAAGAAAACAAGAUUGUAUUGGAAGAGCAAAGUACUAAAGAAGAAACUGAUUUAGUGGAGAAAGUAAAGGAGAACGCUAUAUCAAUCAGGAAUACAACUUCUGAUGUGACCAGUAAUUUGAGAAUGAGAAGUAGAUUUCCCAAGCCUAAACCAAAUCUUAAGGCUUUGAGAACGAACAGGUUGAAUGUUCAUCAGGAAGUUCCCAAUUUGUUUGUAAACAGAGGAGAAGUAAUAGAAAGUCAAAGAGAACCUGAGAAAAAUGUUUCUGAAGCAACGGAAUUACAAGAUAAAAGCCUUGGAUCACUUACAGCAGCGGAAAAUAAGGAGCAGAAUAAAUUGGCAUGUGAACAUGGUAUUGAAGAGACUACUGUUUCUCAGGAAGCAAAUCUAACUGAAAGAAAUGAUGAUCAAGAAGAGGAAUCUCAAAAGGUUCAGAUAUUGUCAGUUGCUCCAGUUGUUUCCCCUGAGACAAGGCCCCAUACUCUUGGUUCAGAUAUGGGUCUCACUGAGAGUUCUAUCAAAGAGCCCCAGAGAGAGGACUCUGAUGGAGACAGUAUGCUUACAUUUCAUGUGUCAGAGGGUACACCAACUAUGCCAGAAAUACAACAAGAGAAUGUAAUCAGUUCUCAAGACUUAACAGUGAAUCUAGUUGCUAACGUACAUCAAGAUGGUGAGGAUGAACAAGCGUUCAUUUUAACUCUGGUGGAAAUUCCAACCAAUGCUGUAGAAGACUUUAAUGAUACCACUGCACAGUUAAUGCCAAACCCUUUACUGCCAGCACCUAUAUUGAUCAAAUCCGUGAAUACAGAAGGAAGGAGUGACUUGAGUAUGAAUUUUCCAGUAACUUCAUUUGGUCAAGAUGCCAUGUGUUUGUCUGAUUCUGGAAAAGAUGGUUCUGAAAAGCCUCCUCCUGCUAAUUUGGAUCUUACAUCUAGGAAGAGAUUUCACUGUACACUCGAUGAAAGUGACCAUGUUCCUCCUGCCAAGAAAACUUCACUCACUUCAGGAGAUGAUUGUCAAAAUUACACCUCUGAGGUGUGCUCAAAGGAAAUGAUAAAUGUUUCCGAGGAAACAGGGGAGUCUUACACAGCACAAGAUACCUUCCCUACCUCAGGAAGCACACAUACAACUCCAGAACCUCAGAAAGAACAACUUGAACCAACUUUACAGAAUAUAGGAUCUGGAUCUCCUGAUAAAGUAACAGAUACACAUACAGAAAAGAGUACAUCACAGUUACCUCAGGAUGAGAGGAUUGUGUCUGAUAAGGAAGAGAAAACUUGUGCUGCUUCAAAGUCUGAACAAGUGACUAGCAUCACAUCAUCUUCAAAAACCCCAUUAACCAGGCCUGGCAGGAGGCCCCUGGGAUUCUUGUCUUUAAUAUGUUCAAGGAAUAGUUUGGAGUCUGAUGAACCUACUCAUGUUUCUAAUAAGAAACGCCUAAGGCCUCUUAUACCUGCACCAAGACAGAAUCUGAAAAGAUCAAAUCCACUCCAUGAAAGCCAGAAAAAAGUCCAUGAGUCCUCUGACCCGCUUCCAUCUCCAAGUGUUGUGAAUACUCAGUCUGAGAGUAUUGACAGUUCAGCAGCUCAGGUUUCUUGUGAUCGUCCCUUACCAAAAGAAGAAUGUAAAAGUGUCCAAAACCGGGUACCUGAAGAGGAGCCAACCACAGUCUCUGAAUAUUUCUUUAAUGAUAUCUUUAUUGAAGUAGAUGAAACAGAAUAAAAUUGUUUGUUUUUUUUUUGUUUUUUUUGUUUUUUUUUUUGGUUUGGUUUGGUUUGGUUUGGUUUUGGCUUUGGUUUUUAUAUCUAGGAUUUCCAGAGUCAAAUUAUCAACUAAGCAGUAUUUAGAAAAGAACAUCUAUGGCUGUUUUUCUUUAGAUUGAUUUUGAAUAUUUAAUGAACUUGAUUUGAAGCUUUUAUAAUCAGUGGAAAACAUUGCUGAGGUUCCUUUCAUUCUGAUUGAUUUAGCAUUUUGGAAAUACAAAGCAAUUAAUAAGACUGUUCCUGAGACAGAAAUAGCUUCUCUUGUUUACAUUUUGACUCUUCCUGUGCUGAACACACAUGGACAUGUUGGAAUAUUAUGGAUAAAUGUCUGUAUAAAUCACAGUGCCGACAUAUUUGGAGGUGGGAUUGUAUUUAACAUGUAACAAACUUCUUUGGUAAAGGUUUUUUUCUGUUUUUUUGGUUUUGUUUGUUUUGUGUUUUGUUUGUUUUGCUGAAGGCCUUUUCAGUUGCCUCUCAGUAUACGAGAGCAUAUUGUGAAACUCCACUUUAGUAUGGUAAAUGUUAAAAAUUUUCUAUUAUCAGCUAUUUGACUGGAAAAUAUGUAUUUUUCUAAUUCAUGUUGAUGUAACAUUAGUCCUAAUUGAACAAGUAGUAUUUAAACUUAUUUAUAAAAAUGAAACAUCAAAAAAUUUAUUUAUUUUUAAAGUUUUUUAUUUAAAAGAAUAUUCAGUUUUAAUUAUUUUCACCACUCAGAUUAUGGGUAAAGAAGACAUUGACAAAUUUAUGUUUGUCCCUUUCCCUCUUUAAUUUUAAAGAUAUUUAAAGUUAUAUCACUAAAAGUAUUUGGAUAGUAUAUAUGUUUUAGAUGCAAUUUUUUUUCUCAUAGUUUAGUAUAUUGAAUUUGUACUGUGAAGUUUUGUUUUUCUUGUUUUUUGGAUAAUCUCAGGAUUUGUAUGGGGAAAAAAACCUUUAAUUUAUGAGGGUGAUUCACAUAGAAAACUCAGUCCCUUUUACACACGUAUACACUCACACACAUUCCUUUUUUUAAAACUAAUUUCUUGAUAGCUUUUUUUAUCCCCAUUAAAUUUUGAUUAGGGAACACAUAGGCCUUUAAGCACAGAACAUAAUUGUGAUGUUAAAACAGAAAAUUAAAAAAAAAAAACAGAAAAUAAGAUGAUAAGACUUUAUUUAGUACAGUGAUUAUCAUCAGUAUUAAUUUAAGGGUUGUUUUUAAUUUUCAAAUAUUGUUAUUUACUUAUGUAAUUCCAUUUUCCACCCAAGGAAAUCUUCGGUGGUUCCAAUCAAACUUCUUAAAAACAGAUUUAUUCUUUUAUUUGAAAAGCCUCAGAGCAGGAAUCAGAAACAUUUUCUGCAAAGUAUUUUUGAAUUUGUGGGCCACAUGGCUUCUGUGGCAACUGUUCAGUUCUGCUGCUUCAGUGUGAAAACAGCUACAGACGAUACGGAAGUGGUUGACAUGGCUGGAAUGGGCUUUUUAGUUUGACCCCUACUUUGGAUGGUAAUUUUCUUACCGUCAGGUGCUGACAUUUUAUCUAUGACAUAUUAUUUGUCAUUGACAGUUAUAAGUUGUGCAUCACAAUUAAAACUGUUGAUUUCAUUACAAAAUGAUCAGUAUUUUAACUGGGAAAAUAUUUUAAUGUUUAGAUAAUUGUGUUUGUAUAUUGAGAAAAAUAGUGGCCAAUUUUCAAGUUCAUUAGUAAAAUAGGAUAUGGCUCAGCAAGUGUAACAAUAAUCCUAAAAUUGCUAUCAAAGCAUUUCUUAUUCAUUACUUUAUAGUGAAAUUUACAAUUUAACUUUUUUGUCAUAAAGGAGGAUCUAUAAAUCUGAGUGGAAAUUCUCAAUUAGGUAUGUGUUAAUUUAUUUCAUGUGACUAAUAUGUCACAAAAAUCAUGGUAGUAAAUCACAUUACUAUUUUAAUGCCCUGUUUUUAUAAAUUUUUUAAGGUCUCAUAUUCUGAAAGAGUUUCUUUCAUUUAAUGUUAGUUUGGAUGUUAGGUUGCCACAGUUAAACUAUUAUUUUAUCCCUAGUGUAAUAUUUAUUUUUUAACUUUGUUAAUAUCCAUCUCUUGCUCAUCUACAAUGAAUUAAUUUUAUGGAAGAUGUAACUUCUCACUAUAUAAGAAAUAAUUCUAUCUUUGGGCAUUCAUUGUGUAAGAGAAUCAAGUCAGCCAAGCUAAAUUGUCCUAUCAUAUCCUUAAAGCUAAUCUGGGGAAAAUGAGAAACUCAAUUAUUGUAUUUACUUUAUAAGGUGGAAAGAAUUAGCCACACCCUUUGUUUAUAUCUGAUUCAUGUAAAGAUGAUGUUGUGAAGAAUUAUUUUGUAAAUCUUAAAGGAGGUAUGAAUAAUGGUGUUUGUUUUCUUGACUUUUUGUCCUGAAUACUUAUAUAUUAGCAAGUGAUCAACAUGAUGGUUUUAAAAGCCUAAUUGUUGGUAAAUGAUUGAGGCACAGAUCAUACAUAAUACGAAUAUUCACUGUUUACCACCACAUUAUUUGAAAUAGAAGUGACUAUGUAUACUCUUACUUGAAGGAGUUUUUGACAAAAAAGCAAUAUCUGUCAUUUGUAAAUUUUCUUGUUCUAAAGAAAGCAGUUAUGUUCUAUAGAUAUAAAUUAUGUAAAUAAAAGUUAUUUUAUACUA